AUGGACUCGGUCGCCCGCCGGCCAUGGGAACCUAUUUCCUCGGGCCCUACAACACCGGCCGCCUCAGCCCAGACCCUACCCUCCAUACAGACUUUGACGGCGACUAUGAAUGGUGUAGGAGGGAAUACGGCUGAGAAAUCUCCUGGUAAUGCUUCCUUGAACACCAUUGAGCGGGACUCCGGGAAUUGGUCGAUGCCGCAGAGUACAAGAUCCUCGACUUAUUCGACUACCACCAAUGGAACUGGCAACAACUAUCCUACUCUCACUUUCUUGACCUCAACAUCACAUCCUUCACCUAACCGGGGCCACAUCGCUCCGGAUCGAUCCCCAUUCAGCCAGGAACAAUCCACCACCCCAUCCUCAGCUGGCGCGCAACACCCUUCUCCCAAUUUCAAUUCCUCACAACCGAACCCUGGCCUUCCUUCUAUCAAUCAGAACUUCGAUGCCUCAUCUCACCGAAAUAGUGUGAUCGAGGUGCCCGAGUCGCGCCGCAGCAGUGUCGACAGUCGUAUGAAUCAGGGCAUCAGCUCACUCGCAAUCAACCCCGCCUCACCAUACCAUAGCACAAAUGCCUCUCAAUCCUCAAUCGUGUCGAGUCUUCAGCGGGAACGGGGGAUCACAAAUGAUAUGAACUCUUACCGAGGACCACGGUAUUCCGCCGGCAGUCAGCCCUUGUCACCCUUAGGUCCGCAUGCCGCCGAGCAUCGUGGAUUCGCAGCAGGACGAACUGCGCCUGCCAUUUCGUCUAACCCGCGAUCCGAGAUUUACAAUGCAGAGGCUCCCACGGCCGGUAUGGCCUACGCUUUCCCAGAUCCGGAUGUGGCUCGUUCCAGCUCAAUCUCGUCGACGGAAAAUCUGUACUCGGAAUCGCGGAUGCCACGAGGACAACACGAUCUGCCGCAAAAUGUGCAUCAUCACCAUUCCUUACAGCACAAGCAAGUACGUGAUCUGAUCGGGGAGGCCGAGCAAGCGGGCAACACUCCUUACAGCCGAACUCCGGAAUUACGAGUUACACAUAAAUUGGCAGAGCGCAAGCGACGAAGCGAAAUGAAGGACUGUUUCGAGGCCUUGCGUAUGCGCCUUCCUCAAAGUCAGAACAAUAAAUCCAGCAAAUGGGAGACCCUUACUCGGGCGAUCGAAUACAUCACAGGCUUGGAGAAGAAUCUUGGUCAGGCUCGUCGUGAAGUUUCAGUACUGCGAACAGAGAAUGAUGAACUUCGAGCCCAAUUGAAUCAGCAACAAGCCAAUGGAUCUCGACCGGUCUCGACCUUCGAACAUCAUCCCAUGUCUGCGACUCCGACCAAUGGACAGGCCCAACCGCCUGUGUUCUCUGGGUUUGGAAAUGGAUCGGUGGUUCAGGACCAACCACGCACUCUUCCCCGCUCAUGA